AUGUCGACAUCAGACGAAGAGAUUACGAGACUGUUCAGAAUCCGAAAAACAGUGAUGCAAAUGUUGAGGGAUCGGAGUUACUUGGUGGGAGAUUUUGAGAUAGAGAUGACAAAGCAUCAGUUCGUUCAGAAGUAUGGUGAGAACAUGAAGAGGGAAGACCUUGUUAUCAAUAAGGCCAAGCGGAACGACAGCUCCGAUCAGAUAUAUGUUUUCUUUCCUGAUGAACCGAAGGUUGGAGUGAAGACAAUGAAGACUUACACCAAUCGGAUGAAAUCAGAGAAUGUCUUCCGAGCAAUAUUGGUGGUUCAACAGAAUCUAACUCCCUUUGCUCGAACAUGCAUAAAUGAAAUAUCUGCAAAAUUCCACUUGGAAGUUUUCCAGGAGGCAGAGUUGUUGGUGAAUAUUAAAGAUCAUGUUCUUGUUCCUGAGCACCAGCUGCUUACACCUGAAGAAAAAAAGACUUUGCUGGACAGAUAUACUGUGAAAGAGACUCAGCUACCUCGGAUUCAAGUGACAGAUCCCAUCGCCAGAUAUUAUGGGCUAAAGCGUGGGCAAGUGGUUAAAAUCAUCCGACCAAGCGAGACUGCUGGCCGUUAUGUCACAUAUAGAUAUGUUGUUUAA